AUGUCUUCAUAUUACCACUUCAACCACCACGCACAACCUACCCCCGCCGUUCCUGGCGCGUCGCACAACCACCAUGGCGGGCGCAACAGGAGGGCGCCGAGGCUGUCUGUGUCCCAGAACUCCCACAAGCAGUUCCGCGGUGUCCGCAGCAUGAAGGAGCUCAACGAGUCUGCUGUCAUCAACGCCUUCCGCUCCAAGUUUGAGGUGUCGCGCUCCUUCGACCUCGAGGACGACAUGGAGUUCUGUCCAGCUCUGCUCACCGAGACUGACCUGGUCUCCAUUCACAGCUCUUCUGAGCGCUCCUCACUGGCCAGCAACUCUCCUGAGUCUUCCCCCACCCAGCAGCCUCAGCAAGUCGCUCCCGGCUUCUCCCUCAACUCCAGCUCGCCUCCCUUCAACCCGGCCACCUACCAGGCCCAGCAGUCCACCAUGAAGAUCCACCAGCCUGCCGCCACGCGCACCCGCAACGCCAUUCCCAUCAUCAACCCAGCCACUGGUAUUACCAUGUCCAGCCCGCCGCCCUCGGUCUCGCCCGGUCGCAUGCAGCAAGGCAUGGGUCGACGAUGGUAA